GGUAGCAUUGACCAACUCUGGAAAUAAGAGCAAUCAAAACCCGAAAACCCUCCUCUCUGGAAUCAUGUCAAAAAGCUUGAAUUUAAUAAAGACAAAUGCUUUGAAUCCGAAAGUCUGGGUGGUGAUCGGCGUGAGCGUGGUGGGGAUCGUGGUUGUGGCGGAGACACUGGGCCGUAGAAGGAAAGUGAAAGCGGAUGGAAGAGUUGAUUUCUGUGCUUUUAUUGAAAGAUUUGAACUGCUUCCGUUCCCUCAGCCGCCGCCCCCCGCUGCUAGACAGCCGCUUUCCGGCCUCAAAUUUGCCAUCAAGGACAUCUUCGAUGUGAAGGGGUAUAUAACGGGGUUUGGGAGUCCAGACUGGGGGAGGACGCAUGGGGAAUCUGAGAAAACAGCGGUGGUGGUUACUCUUUUAUUGAAGAAUGGGGCUACUUGUGUUGGCAAGACUGUAAUGGAUGAAUUGGCAUUUGGGAUAACUGGGGAGAACAAGCAUUAUGGGACCCCUAUCAAUCCGAAAAUGCCAUCUCAUAUUCCCGGAGGUUCUUCUAGCGGUUCAGCAGUGUCAGUUGCAGCUGAGCUUGUUGACUUCGCUCUUGGUACUGAUACAAUUGGGUGUGUGAUAAUUCCAGCGUCAUUUUGUGGGAUCCUUGGGUAUCGACCAUCACAUGGGGCUGUUUCUAUGAUUGGGGUUCUGCCAAAUUCGCAAACUCUUGACACUGUUGGAUGGUUUGCACGUACUCCAUCUAUUUUACAUCGUGUUGGACAUGUUUUACUUCAAUUAAAUGCGGUUGAACCUAGGAGGGCAAGUCGCCUCAUUUUUGCUGAUGAUGUCUUCCAGCUUUCUAAGGUUCCCAAACUGAAGACAUUACAUGUUAUUAGCAAAGCAAUUGAAAGGCUAUCUGGGUACAAGCCUCCAAACCAUUUGAAUUUUGGUCAGUAUAUUGCUUCCAGGGUGCCCAGUCUGAAAGGUUUUCAUGAAAAAUCUACAAACUUGGAAAACAGAACAUCUAUUUUGAAAGCUCUCUCUUCCGUUAUGAUUUCAUUACAAAGAUAUGAAUUUAAAACCAAUCAUGAAGAAUGGAUUAAAUCAGUCAAACCAAGGUUUGGACCUGGUGUCUCUGAUCGUGUUCUUCAAGCAAUUAGCAUAACAAACGACAAUAUGAAACUCUUAUAUAAAGUCCGGACUGAGAUGCGAGCAGCCCUUCGAAGUCUCUUAAAGGAUGAUGGAAUAUUAGUGAUUCCCGCAGUUGCAGAUCAUCCAUUAAAGCUUAAUACAAAGAAAGGGUAUUCUACUGAGUUUCAUAGUAGAGCAUGCGUGCUAUCAAGUAUUGCAAGUAUGUCUGGUUGUUGUCAGGUUGCCAUUCCAUUAGGAAAGCAUGAUCAGCAUCCAAUCUCUAUUUCAUUUAUCUCGUACCAUGGAGCUGAUAAAUUUCUUCUGGAUACGGUCUUGGAUAUGUACGAUUCCCUUCAAGAGCAAGCCAACAUUGCAUCUAAUUCAGUGCCUUUGCCAGACACGAAUGUUGUAUUCAUGGGAACCUUCACGAAUGCUUAUCAUCUGUCUUGCUGGACUUUAGAUCAGGCUAUAGCCAAGGUGCUGCUUAUUAGACAUCAGCUUAAAGGAAAUGCUGCAUUCAAGGGAAGGCAGUGGAAUAAGGCUGUGAGUUACUACAGUGAAGCUAUUAAAAUCAAUGGGACAAAUGCAACUUACUAUUGCAACCGGGCGGCAGCUUACUUAGAACUAGGAUGCUUUCAACAAGCAGAAGAAGACUGCAGCAAGGCAAUAUCACUUGAUAAGAAGAAUGUGAAGGCAUAUUUGAGACGUGGAACGGCCAAGGAGACACUUCUCUGCUAUAAAGAGGCUUCUCAAGAUUUCAAGCAUGCUCUUGUUCUUGAACCACAGAAUAAGGUGGCUAAUCUUGCUGAGAAAAGACUAAGAAAGCUGGUAAGUUGAUACUUCGCUUCCUCUCUCUCUCUCUUUCAAUACAAUAUUGGAUUGGAUGAGGAUGAAAUGAAUCAUUCAAUAAUAGUUGUUCAUUAUAACCUGCUCGGGUUAAAGAAUUCAAAAGAUAAAAGAGGUGAAGGAUGUGCUGUCUGUACGAAAUUUUUUUAAUGUGAAAUAAAUGCUGUAUAUAGACCUUCUCUAAAAAAAGAAAAAGGGAAACAAAAAUUGUAUUGUUGUAACUGAAACAAAAAUUGUAUUGUUGUAACUGAUAAAACUCCUAGAAUAUUUCGUUUGAAAGUAUUAAUGAAGUGGCAUCAAUCUCUU